UUAGGCGACCAACACUCUCGUUCUCAAAACGAAGUGUGGACCGACGUAUCGCGUACCUUUCAUAGGUACCACCGCGACACCAUGGCCCGAUCCUCCUUCCCGGAGCCUUUCGUGCCCACACCACCUCCUUCUAUCACUGUCACCUCGCCUCUGCAGUUCGCCCACUUCAUCCGACAGGACAACGUCACCUUUUUUAUGGUGAACGUGACGGAUCUCUUACACUAUGAUCCACCCUGUCCCGACGCCGAGCUGAUCCCUCUGGAGCCAAAUCCUCCUUUUAUCUCCAUGGUUCCCAUGUCUACUUCCGUCUCUCCGCCGUCCAUUGAGUCCACCCCGCCGCCGCGCGCUGACGCUGAGGAACUCGCACGAUAUACGGCUGACCUGGAGCCCGCAGUUCGUGACCUCAUCCGAGAGUACCACGAUGUUUUCACAUCGUCGUUCUCGUACGCCAGCAUCCCACCGAUGCGUGACGUUGAGCACUCCAUCCAGCUUGUGCCUGACUAUCGUAUUCACCACCAGGCAUCCUACAGACUCUCGAUCCCCAAGGCCACUGAACACAAGCAUCAACUUGAGGAGCUCCUGAGACUGGGUUUCAUUAAACCUAGCAACUCCCCGUGGGGUGCACCCAUCCUCUUUGCUCGCAAAGCUGAUGGAACUCUUCGUCUCUGCAUCGACUACCGCGGUCUCAACCGCUACAUGGUUAAGAACAACUACCCUAUGCCUCGUUCCGAUGAGCUGUUCGACCGCCUAGCAGGCAAACGCUUCUUUACGAAGAUUGAUCUUCGUAGCGGUUACCAUCAGAUCCGCGUCGCUGCAGCCGACCAGCCGAAGACCGCGUUCCGAUCGCGCUUCGGCCACUACGAGUUUACAGUGAUGUCAUUCGGCCUCACCAACGCACCCGGUACAUUCCAGAGGGCGAUGAACGACAUCUUCGGGGAUAUCCUGGAGCAGUACGUUCUCGUCUACCUCGACGAUAUCCUGGUCUAUAGUCGUACCCUUGAGGAGCACCUCAGACACCUCCGCGACUUCCUUGACCGCUUGCGCGGACAUGGCUUCUAUGCCAAGCUGAGCAAGUGCCGCUUUGCCCAGCACAAAGUGGAUUUCUUAGGACACUACGUGUCUGACGAGGGUCUCCACAUGAACUACGCGAAGAUCACUGCUAUUGCAGAGUGGCCCGCUCCCACAUCCGCCAAGCAGGUUCGCAGUUUCCUAGGCCUGACCAGCUACUAUAGUAAUUUCAUCCAGGGAUACGCUAGGUAUUCCUACGUCCUUACCUCUACCCUCCUCCGGAAGAACCCACCCUGGGCUUGGACACCCCUCCACGAGGACGCCUUCCACACCCUCAAGAAGGCGGUGACAUGCGCACCGGUUCUUCACCUACCCGAUUUUGACCGCCCUUUUAUCCUUACCACCGAUGCGUCAGACUUUGCUGUAGGAGCAGUGCUUUCUCAGGUCUUCCCCUCCUCUCCUGAUUCCUCUCAUCCUCGUAUCCCUCGCUUCCCACCACCUACCCCUACCACUGCUUCCCGACUGACGCCUACUCGUCCAGCUACUGACGAGCCUUCCAUCGCCGAUGACAGAACUGUCGAGUCUCGCUCCGGUGAUUGUCCAAUAGCCUUCUACUCCCGUCAGCUCCUGCCCGUGAAGAUAAACUACACCGCUGAUGAACGUGAGGUUCUCGCAGUAGUUUAUGCCGCUCGGCACUGGCGUCACUACCUGCACGGGGCACCGUUCACGGUGCGUACGGACAACUCUGUUGUCCAGGCUUUUCCGACAAAGCCGAAGCUCACUCCUCGACAGGCUCGCUAGUGGCGCGACCAAUCCGAGUUUAGUUUCACCACUUAGCACAUCAAGGGUGAGACUAAUCGGGUCACAGAUGCCUUAUCCCGGCGCCCUGACCACGAC